UCAAAAAGUUGCACGCGCAACUCACUUUCACUUUGCACAAGGCAGUGUUUAUUGUUUAGUGUAUAUUUAAAGCGCAUAAACACAAUAAAACAAUUGUUUUAGGCUAACAUAUCAUACCUCAUUGUAGUUUUUUUGCACACACGCGCGGGUGCGUUACAAUAAUAAUAAGGAAAAAUCACAAUAAUAAAUUCGGAGCAGUACUACUAAUAAUAAUUAUACUGAAUGAAGAAAGCGCCGUCGAAGAAGUAUCAUCAUUGAAGGAGAGAAGAAAAUGAAGAAGAGGAGAGAGAACACAUUUCCGGCUUCAGUAGACACACAAUACUUCAGACUGAAACACGACUGCCCCAUACAGAAUAUCGACACUUUGCUGCGAUGCCCUAUUUGCUUUGACUUCUUGAAUAUAUCCAUGAUGACGCAGUGUUCUCAUAACUUUUGCUCCCUGUGUAUACGGAAAUUUCUUUGCUACAAGUUGCAGUGUCCUCUUUGCAACACGCCACUAACCGAACAAGAGCUAAGAAACAACAGACUGCUAGAUGACGUCGUUCAAAGUUUCCAAGCUGUGAGGCAACAGCUGUCCCAGACGAAUUUUGAAUCACCUCCAAUUUCUCCCAAAACCCCGACAAUGCCCGUCGGAGGGAAAGCAGCCAGGCAGAAGGGCCUGAGGAAAGAGGGCACUACUCUGACUCAGUUUUUCCAGAAACGAGCCCCAAUCAACUCGCAGUCAGGCUUGAAGGGUCUGCAUUGCGUGAAACAGGAGCCCAUGGAGGUGUGUGUGCAGGGAGCCGUUCUGCCAGAGAGCGCAGUGACUGUGUCCACAGCAUUGAAAGAAGAAAAGCGGGACGUGCCUAUGUUUCCCUCCACAUCUCAGGAUGUUAAACCCGUGGUCAAAGUGGAGUGUCCUGUGUGUGGAGUAGAAGUGUCACAGCAAAACAUCAAUAAACAUCUGGAUACGUGUCUGACCAGAGAUGAGAAGAAGGAUAGUCUUAGAAGGUCUGACCAUCUAGUCUUUCCCUGUUCUGCAUGUAUAGAGCCCAAGUCUCAAAAGCGUAGGCCGAUGCCUAAGCUGGUGUACACGCUACUGACAACGGUGGAGCUCAAGAGAAGACUGAAAGACUGCCAUCUGUCCACACAGGGACCCAGAGAGCAGCUCAUCCGAAGGCACCAGGAGUUUACUCAGAUCUACAACGCGCAGUGUGAUGCACUCAACCCUAGAUCAAGUGAGGACAUUGCUAGAGAGGUUGACAACAAUGAGAAAAUGAGGAGUCAGCUGGAGAAGCAAAUUAAACCUGCAAUAGUCAUCACUAAAAACCACACAGUUGAUGAAAUUGAACGGUUGCACUCAGAUUACCGAAAACAGCACAGCGGUGAGUUUUCCCGUUUAAUUGCUCAGGUCAGAGGUCGUUUGGAAAACUCCAGGAAAACACAAAAGAAGCAGGAAGGAGGGGAAUCGGCAGAAACUUUUAGUGCUAAUGACACAGUACUACAAGACACAGUCCAGCCUCCAGUUUCAUUGCCGUUGGAAAUUGCCAAUAAUGAGAGAACUUGUGUUAUUGACCUUGGAUCAAGGUCACAAAGCCCUACUCUCAGUGAUGUCUCUGUCAGCAGAGCCUGUGAGAGCCCUCCAGAAAAAAAGGAAAAUAUCUCUUCAUCUCAUUGCUGAUUUAAGACAGUUUGACAGGGAUGAGGAUGAAUUGAAAGCAUGCAGUACGUCACCAGAAGUGCAAUAUGCAUGAAAGUGCAAUGCAGUACCAAAAGAAUUUAAAGAUGUACAGUUCAGUGUAUACAGUGGAGUAGAAUCUCUUUCUCUCACAUUGUCUCUCUUUUCCUCCCUUGUAUGACUGCAGAAUACUUGUGCUUCAUUUCUCUUCUCUGCCAUUGGAUUGAUUUCUAUAUGUAAAAAACAACCAUAUGUGCAACAGCAUACAUAUAGUAUUUUUUAAACAAGAUAUUAUAUUGUAUAUAAGGAAAAAAAUCUGUUUUAUUUGUGUCCUCCUGUGGACAGGUUUUGUUUUAUGUCACGCUGUGCCCAUCAUGGCAAGCACAGGGCUGCUUUGUUAAUACAGUACGCACACAAAAAAAAACUAAGCUCACUGAUUUUUAAAAAUAUUAUCAUUUUUUUAACUUAAGAAAAAAUAGUAAAUAUAACGGUAUACAUUAGCUAUAUUUUUGCACUAUUUGCACGUAUAUGUAUUGUACACACUUUUGGUGACUUGUGCAAAAUGUAUUGCUUCAGGUCCACUGUCUUCAAAAAAAAAAAAAAAAAAGCAAAAGAUCGAAUUUUUUAUAUUUAAGAACAUGUAUGUGUGCGCGCGCACACAAACUAAUCAGCAAAAACAUUAAAAACACUGCAUGGUGACGUGAAUAAAGCUGAUUAUCAGUUUACAGUGGCACCUGUGAAGGGAUGUGAUUAUAAUAGUGGACUACUUUCAGUUUUUAGAGUUGAUUUAUUUGAAGCAGGAAAAACAGGGAGGUGAAAGGAUAUGCAUGACUUUGACAACCUUAAAUUGUGAUUGCUAGUUGACUAGGUCAGACUGUCUUCAGAAUGGUAGGUCUUUUGGUUGUUCUUGAUAUGCACAGGUGUAGUACCUUCCAAAAGUUCCAAAGAAGGACAAACAGUAAAAUGGCAACAGUGACCCAUGGAUCACUAAGGUGUGAGGAGUGAAUGCUAACUUCUAUAUGCAUGAGCUCACGGGUGCAAUAUUUUUAUGCAGUGCCUUUUUGGGCAAUCAUAUUUUUAUUUUAAAAAAAUUGAGAGGUUUGAUUAAAAUCAGUUUCAGGAAUAGCUAUAGAGUCCAAAGGCAAGGAUUUUUUUGGGGAUUUGCUAUUUUCUUAUGUUCUGUAUUUCUGUACUUGACCACCUUCCCGUCAGUGAUUUACUAGGAUUUAAAAUAUCCAGUCAUUAUUCUUUUUUUACAGCAGUGAUUCUUAUACCAUUUAGUUUCUUUAGUAUGUUAACUUGCAUUUACAAAACUAUAACAAACCAAAGAUUUUUAUUUUAUUUAAUGCUAUGUUUGUCUAAUUACAUAAAAAAAAUGUACACUGUAUGAUCGGUUUAAGGAUUCAAAAUCACAUAACCAUAAGGUUCAUUUCUUCACUGUGGACUUAAUCAUACUUGCUAGCACUGAAUAUAAUUACAUCGGAUUUAAUCCGGAUUAUGCAUUGGGAUUUGUCCAAUUACACCAGCUGAUAAAGUAUUCUUUUGUUCUAGAGCCAAAUCAACUUUUUUAUGCUUAAUCAUAAAAAUUUUUUACCAUAAUGAAGAAUGCUGACCUCAGACGCUUUGAAUAGUGUUACAGCUUUUUUUUAAUCUGCUUUAGCUUGUAAAACAUA